CCAAGGUAAUAACUAUCUUGCCUACAACUACACACGAACCAGACCGCACAAAUGCCUUUAACUUUUAAGCAUUCCUCCAAAUUUCUUUCAUCCAAUCAAUUCCCUGACUUUUUAUGUAGAAGAUGAUGAAAUGAACUCCUCGUCAAAUCAAAGCAGUCUGGCAACCUGACCAGGUGGGAUUGGUUAUAAUUACUAAAGUCACCCAGCAGCACGAGCGACUCGCACUUAGGAGACAACAAGGGUAGAUGAUUGUCUGUGAGCUUGUAAGGGCUUGUCAAAAUGAGCAAAUACAACUGUUUUACGUUAAACAAGGUGCUUUUCGCCGCCUGUUUCGCUUUCGGGGCGAACGUUUGUUUGGGAUAUGUUUUCAAUCGCCACAGAAGAUCUGAAGACUGGGAUGAAGCUCCCCCAGACUCAGGAUAUUCUAUCCUUUCAGAUUCCCCCUGGAUUAGCACUUCAGGAUCUUGCAAAGGCAGAUGCUUUGAACUCCACGAAGCUGAACCACCUGGCUGCCGCUGUGACAACUUGUGCAAAACCUACGACAGCUGUUGCUCAGAUUUUGAUGAGUAUUGUUUGAGAACAGGUAUUCAGUACAAAUGCACUAAAGAUCGUUGCGGAGAGUCUCGGAAUGAAGAAAACGCAUGCCAUUGCUCUGAAGACUGCAUGGGCAAAGCAGACUGCUGUACCAAUUAUCAUGUAGUGUGCAAAGGGGACACUCAUUGGGUGGAAGACGAAUGUGAAGAGAUAAAAUCUCCAGAGUGUCCAACUGGUUUUGUUCGCCCUCCUCUAGUGAUUAUCUCUGUUGAUGGGUUCCGUGCCUCAUAUAUGAUGAAAGGAAGCAAUGUCAUCCCUAACAUUGACAAACUAAGAUCCUGCGGCACUCACUCACCAUACAUGAGGCCAGUGUACCCCACAAAAACAUUCCCCAACUUGUAUACCCUUGCAACUGGACUUUAUCCUGAAUCACACGGAAUUGUUGGCAAUUCUAUGCAUGACCCUGUGUUUGAUGCCAACUUCAACCUUCGAGGUAGAGAGAAAUUGAACCAUCGCUGGUGGGGAGGUCAACCAAUCUGGAUAACUGCCGAAAAGCAAGGGGUGAAGGCUGGUACUUUGUUCUGGCCAUUUGUCAUUCCACUUGAGCGUAGAGUCUUGACUAUGCUGCAGUGGUUUAAUCUUCCUGACAGUGAAAGGCCCUAUGUUUAUGCUUUUCACUCUGAGCAGCCAGAUCUCGUAGGACACAAACAUGGACCCUUGAGCAAUGAGUUAAAUGAUCCUCUAAAAGAGAUUGACCAAAUCGUUGGCCAGUUCAUGGAUGGCCUAAAACAGAUGAAGCUUCAUCGCUGUGUUAAUCUAAUGAUUGUAGGAGACCAUGGAAUGGAGGAGGCAAAUUGUGACAGAACUGAGUUCUUAAGUUCUUAUCUGUCUAAUAUUGACGAUAUUAUUUUGGUACCUGGAUCUCUUGGAAGAAUUCGUUCAAGAUCUCCCAACAAUUCCAAAUAUGACCCUAAAGCAGUUGUUGCAGAGCUUACAUGUAAAAAGUCUGAUCAGCACUUUAAGCCUUACAUGAAGCAACACCUCCCUAAGCGCCUGCACUAUGCAAACAACCGCAGAAUUGAAGACAUCCAUUUGCUUGUGGAGAGGAAGUGGCAUGUUGCGAGGAAAUCUGGGGAGGGAAGGAAACAUCCUGGAAAAUGUAGUUUCUUUGGCGAUCAUGGUUAUGACAACAAAAUCAAUAGCAUGCAGACAAUCUUUCUAGGUUAUGGACCAACCUUUAAAUACAAGACAAAAGUUCCAGCCUUUGAAAACAUUGAACUCUACAAUGUCAUGUGCGACCUCUUGGGACUGAAACCCGCUCCUAACAAUGGGACCCAUGGGAGUCUGAAUCACCUCUUGAAAAGCCCCCCAUUCAUACCAAGCAUGCCAGAUGAAGUAGCCAAACCAUUACAUCCUGCACCUGCUUCUGCUAUCGUCGAUGAAUUGGGCUGUACUUGCGAUGAGAAGAAUAAAGGAGAUGAGCUGAACCAACGCUUGGCCAACAAGGGAACGGGUGAUAGCAAACAUCUGCCCUAUGGUAGGCCUGCAGUACUUUUCCGCACAAAAUACAGCAUUCUGUACCAUAGCGACUUUAUAAGUGGUUACAGUGACACCUUAUCAAUGCCUCUUUGGACAUCAUACACAGUUACUAAACAGGCUGAUGUUUCCCAUAUUCCUGACUCGCUGAGCAGCUGCAUGAGGCCUGACAUUCGUGUGCCACCUGCCAACAGUCAAACCUGCUCUGCCUACAAAGCAGACAAGCAGAUGUCCUAUGGGUAUCUGUACCCUCCACAACUGGCUUCUUCCUCUGAAGCUAGAUAUGAUGCUUUCCUCAUAACAAAUGCUGUUCCAAUGUAUCCCGCCUUUAAGAAAGUGUGGCACUACUUCCAAAGGGUUCUUGUGAAGCGCUAUGCAACAGAACGGAACGGGGUCAAUGUUAUAAGUGGUCCAAUCUUUGAUUAUGACUAUGAUAGUCUUUACGAUACGUCUGACAAAAUUAAACAGUAUGUUGGUGGAUCUGUUCCAGUGCCAACACACUACUACAGUAUUAUAACCAGCUGUCUGGACUAUACUCAGGCAACAGAUACAUGUGACGGUCCCCUGAGUGUGUUCUCUUUUAUUCUUCCUCACAGAGCUGAUAACGAUGAAAGCUGUAAUAGUUCAGAGGAGGAAUCAAAGUGGGUUGAAGACCUCAUCAAGAUGCAUACAGCACGUGUGCGGGACAUUGAAAUUUUGACUGGAUUGGAUUUCUACCGCAGAACCAGCAGAAGUUACAUAGAGAUUCUUUCUUUAAAGACUUUCUUGCAUACCUACGAGAGUGAGAUAUAACCUGCUAACUGUAAUCUGUACAUCUUUGACGCACAGGUGUAUAUUUUUAUACUGUUUUUUGUAUUUAUUACGCAGUGUAACAAUUUUUUUUUUUUUUUUUUUUUUCCUGGGUAGUAAGU